GGUAGAGCUCGCGGCCUUCGUUUCUCUGUGGGAGGCUGCAGGACCCUCUGUUUCAUGGACCUUGUCAUAUUCUUCUCAGAGUACCCAGCAUGAGGUCGGCAGGGAAAGUGAUGGAAAGGUCUCCCUGCAAAACACUCUUACUGAGCAAAAGUCACUGGGCAAAUACAUCGUCAAAGCAAAAGGCAACCGAGAGACAAGAUCUAGAAUACUGGUUCUGAUAUGGGAGCAGGAUUCAGGGUCCACCCCUGCCUCUUGACCUCACCAAGCCUCAGCUUCCUUAUCUGUGAAAUGGGAACAAUGGUCAUUGUCAUCCUUUAUUGAGAACUUCCUAAAAUGCCAGCUGAGAAUUGGAACAGAGGUAUCGGCGAUUGGACCAAAGUCACACGACUGGUACAACUGUAGCUUCUUCACAGACUCAGCCCUUCCCAGAAGAAGGACAAAAUGACCAAGUUCAAGGAGGGGGUGACGUUCAAGGAUGUGGCUGUGGUCUUCACUGAGGAGGAGCUGGGGCUGCUGGACCUGUCCCAGAGGAAGCUGUACCGAGACGUGAUGCUGGAGAACUUCCGGAACCUGGUCUCAGUGGGGCAUCAGUCCUUCACAGCAGGUGACAUCCCCCAGUCAGAGAGAGAAGAAAAGCUUUGGAUGAUGAGGAGAGCAACCCAGAGCCACAGCUCCUCAGGAGACAAGAAUCUAAAUAACAUGGGGAUUAUUCAAGAAGUUGGAUUAAGGCACCUGCCACAUGAAGAGUUUUUCUGCUCACAGAUCUGGCAACAGGUUACCAAGGAUUUAACCAGAUAUCAAGAUUCCAUAGUAAAUAUUCAAGGAACUGGCUCUCAGUUGGAAAAACAAGGUGAUACACUUUGUAAAUAUGAGGGAUUUGGUAAAGGCUUUAAUCAGAGUUCACAUCUUCAGGUUCACCACAGAGUCCAACCCUACAAAGGAGAGGAGUGUGAGAAACCUUUCAUUCAGGACUCUUGUCUUCAAAUUAAUAAGACAGCCCGUGCAGGAGAGAAGCCCUAUAAAUGUGAAAAAUGUGAAAAUACUUUCCGUCGGUUUUCAAGUCUUCAAGCCCAUCAGAGAGUCCACAGUAGAGAGGAAUCGUACAAAUAUGAUAUGUCAUGUAAGAGUUAUAGUCAGAGGUCAUAUCUUCGUCAUCAUCAGAGAGUUCCUGCAGGAGAAAAUCCACACAGAUUUGAGGAAUGUGGGAGAAAUGUAGGGAAAAGCUCACAUUAUCAGACUUCUCUUAUAACCCACACAUUAGAGAAACCCUAUAAAUGUGAAGAGUGUGGGGUGGGCUUCAAUCAGAGCUCAUAUCUUCAAGUCCAUCAGAGAGUUCACAUGGGAAAGAAACCUUAUAAAUGUGAAGAGUGUGGGAAGGGCUUCAGUUGGCGUUCACGACUACAGGCUCAUCAGCGAAUCCACACUGGUGAGAAACCAUACAAAUGUGAUGCAUGUGGCAAGGGCUUUAGCUAUAGCUCACACCUUAACAUUCAUUGUAGAAUCCACACAGGAGAGAAACCCUAUAAAUGUGAGGAGUGUGGGAAAGGCUUCAGUGUGGGCUCACACCUUCAAGCCCAUCAGAUAAGCCACACUGGAGAGAAACCGUACAAAUGUGAGGAGUGUGGGAAGGGUUUCUGUCGGGCCUCAAAUCUUCUGGACCAUCAAAGAGGCCAUACCGGUGAGAAACCGUAUCAGUGUGAUGCAUGUGGGAAAGGCUUCAGUCGUAGCUCAGACUUUAACAUUCAUUUUAGAGUCCAUACAGGAGAGAAACCCUAUAAAUGUGAGGAGUGUGGGAAGGGCUUCAGUCAGGCCUCAAAUCUUCUGGCCCAUCAAAGAGGCCACACUGGGGAAAAACCAUACAAAUGUGGUACAUGCGGGAAGGGCUUCAGUCGGAGUUCAGAUCUGAACGUUCAUUGCAGAAUCCACACAGGAGAGAAACCCUAUAAAUGUGAGAAGUGUGGGAAGGCCUUCAGUCAGUUCUCAAGUCUUCAAGUGCAUCAAAGGGUCCACACGGGAGAGAAACCAUAUCAGUGUGCAGAGUGCGGGAAGGGCUUCAGUGUGGGUUCACAGCUUCAGGCCCAUCAGAGGUGUCACACUGGAGAGAAACCAUACCAAUGUGAGGAAUGUGGGAAGGGCUUCUGUCGAGCUUCAAAUUUUCUGGCUCAUCGUGGAGUCCACACGGGAGAGAAACCAUACCGAUGUGAUGUGUGCGAUAAGCGCUUCAGACAGAGAUCAUACCUUCAAGCCCACCAGAGGGUUCAUACCGGAGAGAAACCAUAUAAAUGUGAGGAAUGUGGUAAGGUCUUCAGUUGGAGCUCAUACCUUCAAGCCCAUCAGAGAGUUCACACUGGAGAAAAACCGUACAAAUGUCAGGAGUGUGGGAAGGGCUUCAGUUGGAGCUCAAGUCUUAUAAUUCAUCAGCGAGUUCAUGCUGAUGAUGAGGGUGAUAAGGACUUUCCCUCAUCAGAGAACUCAUACAGGAAAGAAGCUCGAUAAAAUAACGUGUUUUAAUACCUCAAAAUGGAUGCUGAAAUAGUCCAGUUAUGAAAACAAAACAUUCAUUUUAUGGAAGCGUCAGUAUUUCAGCCAAAGCUUGAUAUGUCACAGUGGUUGGGUGACUACACAUCAGAGAAGCCUCGUGAAAGUGGAGACAGUACUUCAUGCAGAACCUUGACAUUUAGUAGCUAUUACACGGAAGAGAGGCUUAGGAAGGAUGAGUGUGGUCUGAAGUUAGCCAACAGCACUAAGUGAAAUGCCAGAAACUAUUCCCCUAGAAGUGUGGAGAGGGUAGCGACUUUGUUGACUGCCAAACCUACUCUGCCUUUUCAGUGCCUAACACAUUGUAGGUGUUCAGUAAUUGUUAAAUGAGUAAAGGAACAGCCAUAUUUGAAAUUUUCAUUCAGUUCAUCUCUAAAUAUUUCUUUUAAAUUGUACUUGGAAGAGGAAUUCUGCAGACUUGGAGGACAUUUAAAUUAGACACACGGGCACAUUUACCAACCUGCAAGUCCUGUGAACUAGUGUAUCAAACUGAGGGUUGAAACCCAUUAGUGGGUCCAGAAAUCCAUUCAGCUGGUUGUGACCAGCACUUUUGUAUGCUAACAAUUGAGGUAAAAUUUGCAUGCAGCAAUGUGCAUAAAUCUUAUGUUUACAGUUUCAUGACUUUUAACAAAGGUGUACAUGUGUGUAAUCACCAAAACCAAUGUAUACAAUAUUUCUAUUAAACCAGUAUAUUUCUUUGUGUACAUUUCCAGGAAAUCCGAUCUUCAGUGGCAACAAGUAUUAUGAUUUCUGUGCCAUAGAUUAAUUAGGUCUGUUUGAGCUUCAUACGGGUAAUUAGGUCUGUUCUUGAGUUUCAUAUGGGUUCAAUAUAUACUCUUGUGUCUGUAUUCUCUUGAUCAAAUAUAUGAUCAUCUCAAUAGAUUCAGAGAAAAUAUUUGACAGAAUUUAACAUAGCUUCAUAAUAAAUAUUCCUCACUGAGAUAAAAGGCAUCUGAAAAUCU